AAGCUGCAAAUCGGAGAACGAAGUGUCUUCUUCCUAGUCUCCUCACUCCUCAAGAUCAAGGUCAGGUCACAGAUCGAAGCGGAGAACUGUGGCGAGAUCUCUUCACCGAAAUGGCGGCGAAACCGAUUGCGAGUCCGAUUCCAGUGGCGAUGUACCCUACUUUGGCAGUUUUCACGCUGGCCAUUGGUCUCGUCAUUACCGCUUCGUUCUUCAUCUAUGAAGCUACAUCGUCAAGAAAAACCCGAAGCCUUGCAAAGGAGUUGGCGACCGCCGCAGUAGCUUCUGUCUUCUUGGGAUUCGGAUCGUUGUUUUUGCUGCUUGCUAGUGGCGUUUAUGUCUGAUCCAUCCCUUUGAUACUCCUUAUCACCAAUUUAGUCAGAAAGACAGGAGCUUUGUUUCUGUUGUUAUAUAAGAUUAUGAUGGGUGUAAGCUUUGAGAUUAGUCCUUAAACACAGUUUAUGGUUGGUAAUCCAAUGAUUAAUCAAAACCCUUUUAGUCCUCUAA